AUCAUUUCCUCCCGGGAGGUUCUCCAGAUAACCGUCCGCUUUGUUAGAUAGCUACCUCUACUUCACCACCAUGCGUCUGGGAAACUUCUCGCUGCUUGCUCUCGGGGCGACCACGACGAGCGCAUUCCGCGAUACCUCUCCAUUUUUCCUUGCAUCGACCUCUGAGAUCCUUUCCACGUCGGCACAGCUCAAGACCGCUCCCUCUAUACUAGAAGAUCUCUCUACUGGGCUCAACGGCUGCCCUUCCGACUACUAUGUCAUCGCUUCUCAGCCCGGUGUGCAUAGCACCGACUUCGCUACCCGCAAGUCUGCACCGCACCUCGGCGCAAAGAUGACAGGAAAGGACAAGUCGAUCCGGUCAAAGAUGAUCGUUAAUGAAGUCGAAGGGGUGCUGGAGGCGAAGUACAUCCAGGAGCUGCUCGAGAAGGAGUGCGGGGCCGAGUCGACUGUGAUCGAUGCUUCCUCUGGGACCUAUCCUGCCGACUUUGGUGCGGAGCCGCGUAUUAUCCUCAUCGACCUCCCUGUUCUGCCUCUGGGCUCUGAGCGGAGACAUCGGCUUUCAGACAACGAUGGUCUGCUCUUUGAUAUCAUUGAGCGACUACCAGAGUCUAAGGGCUACACAAUCCUCUAUGUCACUUCACCCAGGGAAUUUGAAAACUCGAAUGCCGAUUUCUACCAGUCGGAUGAGGAUCCCAUUCACAUGGACCUCAAGCGCGACUACUCCGCUCAUGGCAGGCAGAUACCUGCAUCCAGCAAGACGCUCUUCCGGGAAUACCGGUUGCUCACUCCCGGCAUUUUUAUGGGAUUCCUUGCGACCCUCGUUUUUCUGAUUAUAAUGUAUGUUGGAUUGGCUGCUCUUAGCAGCUUGGAGGUCCCCUAUGCAGCAUUCGAAAAGGACACAUCCGCAAGCGUGCAAAAGAAGCAGCAGUAAUUCAAGGUUGUUCUUUCAGGAUCCUGUCAUUCAGGAUACUUCUCUUCCAUAAUUUGCUAUAUUAUGAAUAAGCUGUAUGUCAGUGAACCGGCGUUGACUUAUUUGUGGAAUCUAUCAUAUUGUACAAGUGCAUACUAUCCAUGUGUGUGUGUGUGUGUGUGUGUGUGUGUCACCUCCCUCUGAUCACGAAUUCAUGACAAAUCCUGGUGUUUCUAAGUAAAGCAUAAUUCAAUUCAAUAAGAGCCUGGGCAUGA